GCGUUGUAAUCACGUGCAGCCUGCGCGCUGCGGAGUCACGUGCUGCAGCAGAGCCUCGAACACACCGGCGGAGGAACCGACUGAAGGUGUGACUGCCUGCCUCUACUGCAGCAGGUGGACACCAUGAACUACGUGGGGCAGCUGGCGGGCCAGGUGCUGGUGACGGUGAAGGAGCUGUAUAAGGGGAUCAAUCAGGCCACUCUGUCGGGCUGCAUCGACGUGAUCGUGGUCCAACAGCCCGACGGGACGUUCCAGUGCUCCCCUUUCCACGUCCGCUUCGGAAAACUGGGGGUGCUGCGCUCCAGGGAGAAAGUAAUUGAUAUAGAAAUCAACGGGGAACCUGUAGAGCUGCACAUGAAGCUCGGGGACAACGGAGAGGCCUUUUUUGUCCAGGAGACGGAGCAGCACAACGAGAUUGUUCCGGCCCACCUGGUGACCUCGCCCAUCCCCACAGAAGAGGCUCUGUUCAGGAGCAGAGAGCCCAGAUGUUGCGGCCCGGCGGCUGCGGAGAACGGUCAGCCUCUGAGUCCAGACGACUCGGCCUCUGGAAACCUCCAACCCUGCUCCAACAACGCCGGCAAGAAGAAGAGGAGGCGCAGGAGGAAGCACAAGGCCGAGCCUCGCAGGGAGGAGCAAACCACCACACCUGCAGGCGGCGAGCCGGAGCUGUGUGAGCUCAGUUCAGAUGAGGAGCACAACGCGCACAAUGGACGGGCAACUUCACACUCCACGAUGAAGGACAACAGGCAACAUUCGCCCCUUACCACCCUCGAAUGGGACAGCUACCCUUUCUCUGAUGGAGACUGGUCGCCCUGCAAGGCGAGGGAGAUGUCGGAGCCCAUGUCGCCCAAGAGUGACUCUGAGCUGAUGGUGAAGCCGGCAGAGAGCAUGCUCAGGGCCGAGUCCCACAUGCAGUGGACCUGGGGCGAGUUUCCAGAACCCACCAGGGUCAACAAAAAGGACAAAUCGGAGCCAAAGACGUUGACCAUCACUCCCUCUGAGAACACACAUUUCCGGGUCAUCUUGAGUACAGAAGCCAUGGAGGAGAAGGACGGAGAGAGAACCACAGAUCCCAUCUGCAGUAUUGUAAAGCCAGAGCCUCGGACCAUCAAACCUGAUCAGUGUGUCUGCAAACCACAGCCCCCCGAAGCUUCAUCACACAACACAAACAUUAUCAAGCAUGAGCCAAACCUUUCAGGUUUAACGUCCAGCAGUUUGACCUCUGAGCCGUGUCCCACUAACUCCGACCUCAGCCCCGAAACCACACGCACAACCAGGUGGACGUCUUCGCCACCCUGCCGCGGGGACAGCAGCUCUGUUGCCAGUGGAGUCUAUAACAUGCCUGGAGACUCAGCAGCAGUUUGUUCUGAUGCAACAGCCUCAUCUAAACCCCCCGACUCUCCCUUGAAGAGGAGAGAAAAAGGUGUGAGGAAGAGGAGUCAACAUCAGGGGCCUGAAGACAUUUACCUGGAUGACCUGAAUGUACUUGAACCUGAAGUUGUUGCCCGGUACUUCCCAAAAAGUGAGUCUGAGCAGGUUCCUAAAGACUGGGUGGAGAAUGGGCGGCGCUCUGGAUCCCAGUCUCCCCAGUCUGUCGGCAGCGCAGCAGCAGACAGUGGCACAGAGUGUCUGUCGGACUCUGCUGGUGACCUCCCCGACGUCACGCUGUCGCUGUGUGGAGGCGUUGGUGAGAACUCGGAGAUCCCUAAAGAGAAAUUCAUGGAGCACAUCAUCACCUACAAUGAAUUUGCAGAGAAUCCAGCAAUAAUCGACAAUCCCAAUUUGGUGGUUAAGAUUGCAAACAGGUAUUACAACUGGACACUGGCAGCACCGUUGAUACUUAGUAUGCAGGCUUUUCAGAAGAACUUGCCAAAGGCUACAGAGGAGGCCUGGGUGAAGGAGAAGAUGCCAAAAAAGUCUGGACGCUGGUGGUUUUGGAGGAAGAGCAGCAUAAAGCAGUUAUCAUCAGAGACCAAGUUGGAGAGACAGGAGUCUCUGACCAGCGAGAGUCCUGUCCUCAACCAGGCCCCAGAAACACAGCAGAAAGCAGCAGAGUGGUCCAGCGACGAGGAGACUAAAGAGCUGAGCGCUGUGGCUCCUGCUCCGACACCUACUGAGCAUGUGCAGACAGAAGGGCCGGCACUGGCGCCUUGUCACUCCUACAAGAAGUCCCUCCGUCUGUCCUCUGACCAGAUAGCCAGCCUGAAGCUAAGAGAGGGCCCCAAUGAUGUCACCUUCAGCAUAACCACUCAGUACCAGGGGACAUGUCGCUGCGAGGGCACCAUCUACCUGUGGAACUGGGACGACAAGGUCAUAAUCUCUGACAUCGACGGCACCAUCACCAAAUCAGAUGUGUUUGGUCAGAUUCUGCCUCAGCUCGGGAAAGACUGGACUCAUCAAGGCAUCGCUAAGCUCUACCACUCCGUGCACGAGAACGGUUACAAGUUCCUGUACUGUUCGGCCCGAGCUAUCGGCAUGGCUGACAUGACCCGAGGUUAUCUGCACUGGGUGAACGACAGAGGGACUCUGCUGCCUCAAGGACCGCUCAUGCUCUCUCCCAGCAGCCUCUUCUCCGCCUUCCACAGAGAGAUCAUAGAAAAAAAGCCGGAGAAGUUCAAGAUCGAAUGCCUCACAGACAUCAAGAACCUGUUUUUCCUAAACACACAUCCCUUCUACGCAGCAUUUGGAAACAGAGAAAGCGACGUGUUUGCCUACAAGCAAGUGGGCGUGCCGGUGUGUCGGAUCUUCACAGUGAAUCCCAAAGGGGAGUUAAUCCUCGAGCAAGCCAAAGGCAAUAAAACAUCAUACAGCCGGCUGAGUGAGCUGGUGGAGCACGUUUUUCCUUUACGAAGUUCUCAACACAACGCCACCUUCUGCUGCCCAGAGUUCAGCGCCUUCUGUUACUGGAGACAGCCCAUCGCUGAGGUGCGUUUUGAGGAGCUGCUUUAACUCAAACUGGUAUUCUCAAUUAAUUACUUGAAAUCGGCAUAACUCAGAGCAGUAAUGGCUGAAUGCACUGGCUUAUAUUGAUAUGGUUUUUGUUUGUUUUGUAAUGCUACUGGAAUAGUUUGAUUUUAGACACAUUCCACUUUAGUGAACAAGAUUUGAAUGUAUUCCAUAUUAUUUACAUCAUCUUCUCAUUUUGGGCUUAUUCCCUUCGUGCAGAGGUGUAUUUGAAGACGCCGUCAGCCUUUGGCGCAUACGAAAGCCAAAGUAUGACAUAUCACUUAUUUUUCUGACCAUUUGCAUAGUUAUUUUGUUACAGUGUUUAUGAAAAGAUAUUCCCUAAGCACUUAUUUAGGCAGUGGAGGUGCUUAAACUGGCCACCGGCCUGGUAUGAAACAAAUACUGACUCUCUCUCUCCGUGACUUGAGAGCUAUCAUAAAAAAAUACAAGGUAAUAUGUAUAGCAGCUAUGUUUUCAUCCUUUUAAGGCCUUAUUUAAUGUCUUACAUCUUUGCUCCAAAGCUUAGUGAUUUUGCACUAUUAUGCUAUGAAGAAAAUAAUGUGAAAAUGAUUUUGCUCAUAGUUAAUAAUUGCAUUACUGUAAUUUGAAAAAAAAGCACUUUCUGAACUGUAGAUUCAGCUGCUAUUUUGGUAUUAAUCUUUCAAAAUCAAGAUUUAGUUAGUUAGAUUUACAGCAAAUAUAUAUAUAUAUUUUUUGAUGAAUUAAUCUUUGCUGAUGUUUUGCCAGACUUGUUUUGAUUUUGUUAUUGUGAAAACGACCAGCCCGGUCUCCUAGAAAUUACGUCCUCAUAUACAACAAACCUGCAUUGUCAUUUACGUCACAAGGAAAACAUUUUUUCUCCCGGAUUACGUUUGUUUUUGACGAAUCAGAAAUACGUUGCUAAUCUAAGUCCGCGUAGGGAGAAGGUCGGGGUGGACUUUCACCCAGGAGGCCGCAGUUUGUGUCCCGUGUGAAACCAAAAGUCAACGUUGAAUUAUUUUAAUUUUUAUCUGUAAUUUAAAUAACGUAAAAAGCGUAUUUAUUUUAAGCCAAACCCUGUGUUUUACUAAACCUGACCAAAUAGUUUUGUUGCAUUUUUUAAAAUUUAUUUACCACAUGUUUAAAUAUGGGACCGUAAUCCGGUAAUGCAGUUUAGUUGUAUAGGAACAUCAUUUUGCAGGAGACGGGGUUGAAACUACGGUGUAUUAACGUUCUGUCUCUUUUUUGUUUUUAUCCUUUUCACGCUCAGUAACGGCUGUAAGUAAAAUUUAAUGCAUUCUUUCUAUGAAAGUGAUGAACUUUGUGUGAAGACGACACGCAGAAUUAUCCUGGUUUCGUGGAGUCAUAUUUCACUUUUCAGUGAAGAAACUUUGCUGCUGAAAGUGUUUUCUGUAGAUUGUUGUGUGAUUACCUCGUGGUAAUCCAGUUUACAUUAUGAUGUAACAAAGUAUGUUUUGGAUGACUGUUUUGAUAAAAACAUUCAACCAUCUGAGCUGCUUUCUAUUUGUUGGACAGUGACUACGUUUACAUUCACACUAAUAUGACAAUAUUGUGAAUUUUAUACGGUUAACGGUAUAUUUUGUUUCCGAUUAAGACAUGUGAGAUAUGCUGAUAUUGUGGUUUUAGGAGCAUUCUUUGGACAUUUAUAGAGCGUAUUCAGAAUGUGUCUAAAAUGGGGUUCUGACCGCAGUUUGCGACACACAGCCUUUUUUCCGUUUGCGUCAUCUCUGUGUUGUGCAUGUUAUCAGUGCCCGACCGCGAUAUUACAGCUCCUUCUAUAGCGAAGAAAUGACUCACCCGACUCUGCCUCUGGUUAGCUUACCAAAGUAUUCUUACCCUAACCCUUACCAACCUCACUCCUCAUGCCUAAACCCAACCAAUCCAACCAACGAAGGCAAUGAGUACUAACCAAUCAGAGGCAGAGUAGGGCGGGCCAAGUCUUCACUACAGCAGGAGUCGUAAUUUAGCUGUCCGAUCCGUCCCGGCUGCUCAAUCAGUUCUGCACAGGCACAUCUAGGCGCCAGCACAUACGCAGGGACGGAUCGGGCACCGACAGUACACAAACCAACUAGCCGAUUGUUUGCAGAGAUGCAUGCCCAAAAGAAAAGCCCACAUUUCUAAAUAACGCCGACUGCCAAAGAGGGAAGCUGUGUUUGCACGGUCGAACAAGUCCACUUCAGUUACGUUACUUGGAGUAUGCACGGCUGCAUGUAAACAGGAAUAUUAGUGGAAUAUUCAUUUUCAUUAGCCAUCUAAACAACUUAGUAGGAAUAUUGUCUUUUUUGGAAUAAGGGCAAAGAAACUGAAUAUUUUGUGCGUGUAAACGUAGUCCGUGAGAGGGGAGCUUGGAAAACAUUAAUUUAUAGUUUUAAGUAUGAACUUACAUAUAUUUACUAUAUGUAUUGUAUUUAUAAAAUGUUUAAAUCAAAUGUUGGAUGAUAAUAAUAAACUGGUAUGAACUGUCA